CCCAUCCUGUCUCCUCCCACUCCCGCACACGCGCCGCCACUCCCUUCCCUCCCGUCUGGAUCUCGCCCCCUCCUCCGCUCCCUCCGCCGUGCCCGAUCCGCCGCUCCCUCCGGCGACGCGCCUCCGCCGCCCCUCUGCCGCUGCGCCUCCGCCGCCCCUCCGCCGCGCCCUCCGCCUCACUCACUCCUCCGCGCCCCUCCGCCGCGCCUCCUCCUCCGCAUCCAUCCGCAGCGCCCCCCCCUCGCCUCUCCCUCCGUCGCUCCCUACGCCGGUUCCUCCGCCGCUUCCUACGCCGCUCCAUCCGCCGACGCGACUCCGCCGCCCCGCCGCCGCUCCCUCCGCCGCGCCCCCUUUGUCGCCCUCCUUUUCCUCCCCACCACGCCGCCUUCCUUUCGUCGGCUCGUCGCCACUCCGCCGCCGCUCCCUCUGCCGCGCCCCCUCAGCCGCGCCUCCUCCGCCGUCCGUCCCUCGCGCCCCACUCCACGCCGCGCCCCACUCCGCCCCAGCUUCAGAUCUAGAAGCAGCGCGUCGUCAUGGACGGCAACGGCGACGACCACUUCUCGCAGCCGGAUCCGGCCUUCCCCUCCGGCGCCUUCGACCUGUACUCCCAGGCGGAUUCGUAUCAAGGACCACGAUCCGGGAUGCAGGCCUUGGAUCUGAACUCCCAGGUCGACGAGUUCCCCGCCUUCAGCUCGUACGCCGACAUCCUCCGGAGUGACCACGGCGGAGUUGCUCGAGGGGGCGGUGCUCGCACACCCGGGCUUCGCGUGGCCCACAAUGGCGGCGGAGACAGCAGAGGAGGAGGCGCCACGAGAGGUGGCGGCGCAAGUGCUGACAAGGGUCGCGGCGCCGGGGGGAGCAGAGGAUGCGGCGCCGCGAGAAGCAGAGGUGGUGGUGCAAACCGUGUCGGCGGCACUGGCGGUAGCAGAGGUCGUGGGCGGGCGACUAGGAACCUAUUCAUUGGUUCCGCGUCUGCUGGUGGUGCUGCCGGCGGCGGUGGACGCGGCGGUGGACGUGUGGGUGGCCGUCGUCGACGUGGAGGCAGUGACCAUGAAGAUUAUGUGUAUGCUGACGAAGGAUACGCGCCAGAGGUUGCUGAUGGCGUGGAAGUGAUAUUUCCUGGCUCUUCAAAGGAUGCUAGUUCUUCAACUGAGUUGUCAAGUGAUGAUGAGGAUAAUCAUAUUAUGGAAGAAUCAUCUAGUGAAGAUGAAACUAUGGAGCUCAUAUUGCACUGUCGUAAGAGGAAUCGGGAGUUCGUCCAAAUGAUGUUAACACUCGGUAUGUACUACGAAUCUUACAUACACAAAGCUCCAAGGAGGGUUGCAUCAGUGACGGGCAUUGAAUGGGUAACAGAAACAUUAUCAAAUCCGACCUCUUGUUAUAACAUGUUUAGGAUGAGUUGCCCAUUAUUUAAUCAACUUCAUGAUCUAUUAGUUGACUCAUAUGGUUUGAGAGCCACUCGAGAUAUGUCAACAGUGGAGGCCUUAGGAAUGUUCCUAUGGAUAUUAGGUGCACCGCAGUCACUUAGGCAAGUUGAGGAUCGAUUUGUGAGGUCGUUGGAGACAAUAAGCCGUACGUUCGACAAAGUGUUAGGCACUGUUCUUAAGCUAGCAGUACAUAAUAUUAGGCCACAGGACCCUGAAUUUAAGACGGUGCACAAGAGAUUACUCAACCCUCGGUUUGCUCCGUAUUUCAACAACUGUAUUGGAGCUAUUGAUGGGACACACGUUCCAGUCGUGGUGCCAAGUGAAAAGGUCAUGCAAUAUACAAACAGGCACGGGUAUACCUCACAGAAUGUGUUAGCUAUUUGUGACUUCGACAUGAGGUUUACAUUUGUUGUUAGUGGAUGGCCAGGAUCGGUCCAUGAUAUGAGAGUGUUCAGUGAUGCCAUAGAAAAAUACGGUGACAAGUUUCCACAUCCUCCUACAGGCAAGUUUUACCUUGUUGAUUCGGGGUAUCCAAACCGUCCCGGUUACCUAUCACCUUACAAGGGUACGAAGUACCAUCUACCGGAGUUUCGUAAUGGUCCAAUGCCCAGAGGUAUGCAAGAGACCUUUAAUUAUGCACAUUCAUCCCUUAGAAAUGUUAUCGAGAGGUCAUUCGGAGUUUUGAAGAUGAAGUGGAGGAUACUGAUGGGUAUACCAAGUUUUCCAAUGCACAAGCAAAGCAAAAUUAUUGUGGCUUGCAUGGCAAUUCACAAUUUUAUCCGAGAGAAUAGUGUUGCCGAUAGGGAAUUUGAUUUGUACGAUUGUGAUGAAAAUGGUGUCCCAAUGCCCGGAACUUCAAACCGCGGAGGAGGUGAGACAAGUACCCAAGUAGAAGAAGAAGAUAGCAACAUGAAUGCAUUUCGAGAUGAAAUAGCUCAUGCCUUGUACAAUAGGUCUAGAUAAAUUGAUUUCAAUGUUGUAAUGAUAAUGUAUUUGUAGUUUAAUUUUGGAGUUGUUGGACAUUGUAAUAGACAUAAAAUUCCCUUCUUAUGCACUGGUGUAUGACUGAAA